AUGAGCAAGGGUGCUUGCACAGGAUGCAGAGAGGUGGCUCCUCCUGGCCAGGUGGACCCCUUCCCAUCUAAACCCAGUGUCCUGAAGCAAAAGGGCCAGUCACUGAUAUUGGGAGUAUGUGCGCCCACCUCUUGCCCUCACUUUUCCCUUACACAGGUGAUACUGACUUUAGAGGACAAAAACAUAAAGGGCUUCACAUGGGCCAUAGCCCCCGCCUUGACUGCUUCGGGCUACCUGCUCAUACUGCUGGUCACCAUCUUCCCCUUCUGGGUGCGCCUUGUGAAUGAGGAGUCCCGUGAAGUGUUUUACAGUGGCCUGUUUGAGAACUGCUUUCAUAUCAAGUGCUGGAAGCCUCGACCCUUAUCCAUUUACAUCAUCCUCGGCCGAGUUUUCCUGCUGUUUGCAGUAGUCUUGUCUUUCCUCACCACCCUCACCAUGGUGUCUUUUGCAUCUCAGCUCUUUCCAAGGACCUGGAAGCAAACUUUUUUAUCAGCCUCCAUCAGCUUCUUCACAGGGGCUUGUGCUUUCCUGGCCUUGCUGCUGCACGCCCUGGAGAUCAGUCUGAGGAUGCAGCCCCGCCCGCCCCAGUUCUCCAUGCAGUGGCCUUACUAUGUCCUGGGCUUUGGUAUCCUUCUGUUCAUAGUGGCUGGUGUCAUCUGCCUCUUUCAAGAAGCCUGCCAUAGGUGCCAUUUAUUACGCAUUUCCCAGAGUAUCAGGGAGACUCAAGAGAGUCCACACUUGGAGAUUCUGGAGAGUUUUGGAGGAGGACUGAGCUCAAUGCAAAAGGAGAUGCUGCUGAAGGAAGAGACAGUUAUCUAGUCCCGGAGAGUCUGUCCUCUAACCUUCAUCAAGCUGUGUGAGUGCACGUGUGUGGGUGGCACUCCCUUCUCUGCCAGUCUCUGCUACUUUUAAUAAGCUUCUUGUGUAUCAAAUGAAUGCUCCACUUCCCUAUACAGUGAUUCUAUUUUGAUCAUAUUUGACUUUUUUUUUAUUUGGGAUUUUUGAAUUCUUCUGAGUCUCUUGAGUGAUCUCUCUCCUUCCCUCCUCCCACCCUCUCUCCCUUCCUUUUUUCCAUUCUUUCUUUUUUUGCAGAUGUUUUCAAUAAAAGAAGGACUACUGUCUGUUAAUCCAUA